GACGGUUGACACCGAUCAUUUAUCAAAGAGAGUGAAGUACAUCCAUAUAAAUGAAAAAAAUGUGAAACAUAUGCAAGCAUUAAAACAUUAAAAGCUCUAUAUAUGUGUGAUGAAUUUUCUCACGAAUUCACAUAUCUCUCUGCUCUAAACUACAACCACUCUUAAUGGCUUCUUCCCUAUCUCUCCCAUCUAGUUGUGAAAUUAAAAUCAGUAGUUCAGAAAAAUCACUCCAACGAAGUGUUCUAGACAUUGAAACUACAACCACAUUAGAUGAAGUUUCGUCUAAUGGUAUAUGCUUAACAUGGAAGGAUAUAUGGGUAAAUACAAUUUCAUCAAAUGGAAAGAAUGGCAGCAAAUCAAUUCUUCAAGGAUUAACUGGUUAUGCUAAACCUGGCCAACUCUUGGCCAUAAUGGGUCCUUCCGGCUGUGGCAAGUCUACGUUACUCGAUACUUUAGCCGGGAGAUUGAGCUCAAACACAAGACAAACAGGGGAAAUUUUGAUCAAUGGUCACAAACAAGAACUAUCUUAUGGAACUUCGGCCUAUGUCACACAAGAUGAUACAUUAUUGACAACUUUAACCGUCAGAGAAGCAGUGUACUAUUCAGCUCAACUUCAAUUACCUAAUACAAUGUCUAAAGAAGAGAAGAAAGAAAGAGCUGAUUUUACAAUCAAAGAAAUGGGUCUACAAGAUGCAAUUAACACAAGAAUUGGAGGGUGGGGUGUAAAAGGAAUAAGUGGAGGUCAAAAAAGAAGAGUGAGCAUUUGCAUUGAGAUCAUAACACGUCCUAGACUUCUGUUUCUUGAUGAACCAACUAGUGGACUUGAUAGUGCUGCUUCUUAUUAUGUCAUGAAAAGAAUUGCUACUUUGGAUCAUAAAGAUGGCAUUGAGAGAACUAUUAUCACUUCAAUCCAUCAACCUAGUACUGAAGUUUUUCAACUUUUUCAUAAUCUUUGUCUUCUAUCUUCAGGUAGAACGGUUUACUUUGGACCUGCCUCGGCUGCAUGUGAGUUUUUUGCUUCAAAUGGCUUUCCUUGUCCUCCUCUCCAAAAUCCAUCUGAUCAUUUACUUAAAACUAUAAACAAGGAUUUUGACCAGGAUAUUGAGGCACAGACCGGAACAAUGACCGCAGAAGAAGCAAUUUGUGUCCUUGUGAGUUCAUAUAAAUCAUCCGAAAGAAAUCAAGAUGUUCAUAAUGAAGUAGCAGUAUUAUCUAAAAAGGACACAAGCUCAAUGGAUCAUAAGAAGAAAGGGCAUGCAGGGUUCCUCAAUCAAUGCUUAGUUCUUACUAAAAGGUCAUCAGUGAACAUGUUUCGUGAUCUAGGCUAUUACUGGUUACGUUUAGGAAUAUAUAUUGCAUUGGCUAUAAGUUUAGGCACUGUUUACUAUGAUUUGGGUACAAGUUAUGACUCAAUUAAGGAUCGAGGUUCACUUCUUUCAUUCGUCUCUGGAUUCUUAACUUUCAUGAGCAUUGGCGGAUUCCCUUCGUUUGUGGAAGACAUGAAGGUAUUUCAAAGAGAAAGACAAAAUGGGCAUUAUGGUGUGAUUGCAUAUGUGAUUGGGAACACAUUUUCAUCAAUUCCAUUUGUUUUAUUGGUUACAAUAAUUCCUGCAGUUAUAACCUAUUACCUCUCUGGUCUUCAAAAAGGAUAUGAACACUUUUUAUACUUUGCUAGUGUUCUAUUUUCUAGUCUAAUGUUAGUGGAAAGUCUUAUGAUGAUAGUUGCAAGCAUUGUUCCUAACUAUCUAAUGGGAAUCAUAACUGGUGCUGGAAUUCAAGGAAUCAUGAUUUUAAUUGGUGGAUUCUUCAAAUUGCCACAUGAUCUUCCUAAGAUAUUUUGGAGAUAUCCAUUACACUAUGUUGCAUUUCAUACAUAUGUGUUUGAAGGAUUAUUCAAGAAUGAGUAUGAAGGACUAAAAUUUCCUAAUAAAAAUGGACCACAAGGCACAAAUAGUUACCUUACUGGUGAAGUGAUUUUGAGAGAUAUUUGGCAAAGUAACAUGAGUUACUCAAAAUGGGUUGAUCUUGCAAUUUUGCUAGGAAUGAUUGUUUUGUAUCGUGUUUUGUUUCUUAUGAUCAUCAAGAUUACAGAGAAAGUGAAGCCUAUUGUUGGAUCAUUAUUAUCUUGCACGUUUGUGUCUCCCAAAACAACAAUACAUGUCGUGGAAAAUCCUAAUGCCACUCCUUCGUAUCAAGAAGUCAUAUAGUUGAUUGUAGUUUGGUAGGUGUAAGAAGUAAUGAAAUAUCAACUUCACAUUUUAUAGGUGUGCAAGUGUAAGAUAUGAACUCUAGUGUUGAUUGUUCUUACUACUAGUUAUUGUACUUUGGUACUAUGCAUAAGAAAUGGUAAAUAGUGUCAACUUCAUAAUUUUAUGGUUGGACAUAAUAAAUGUUGGAAUUUUAAACGUGA